AUGGAACCAACAUGUGGUCAAAGUGUUUUCCCAUGUAUUGAUGAACCUGCACGUAAAGCCAUAUUUCACAUUAGCGUUAUACAUGAUCCAUCAUAUGCUGUAUGGUCAAACGGAGAACUUGACCGUUCAGAAAUAUUAAUGGAUGGUCGAAUUUUAUCACAUUUCACUCCAACAAUGAAACAUGUUUUAUUAAUUUAUAUUGAGAAUGCUUUGCGUUUUGAUGAGAAAACAGGAUCGGCUUUACAACAGCAAACAGUUACUGCAAUAGCAAUCCAUGAAACAGUACAUCAAUGGUUUGGUAAUUUAGUAUUGCCUAGUUGGUGGAGUGAACUAUGGCUUAAGAAAGAUUUUGCUAGUUAUAUGCAAAGUGUAGGAUCAAAUUUUAUUGAACCUUAA